AGUCCAAGCUGUUGUUGCUACGUCCGUGCUGGCUGGUGUUGUCUGCUGCUGGCGGCUUUUGUAGGACUGGGGGUUCUGCGGGAAAUUGGGUGCUUAGGACUUGUGAAGCUGGACUUCAAGCACAACGGGACUCUUCUGAUUAUUCUGUACCUGGGAAACAUCUGAAAACAUCUGAAGAUGACAACCACAACACACAUCUCAAAAGAAGAGCUGGAAGAACUUAAGGCAGCUUUUGAAAGAGUUGAUCUAAACAGCAAUGGCUAUAUUUGUGACUACGAGCUGCAUGAACUCUUCAAAGAAGCCAACCUGCCUUUACCUGGUUAUAAAGUGCGAGAAAUCAUUCAGAAUAUUAUGACUGAAGGAGAUGUAAACAAGGAUGGAAAAAUAAGCUUUGAUGAGUUUAUUAGUAUUUUCAUGGAACAGAGAAAAUCUGAUGUUGCCAAAUCUUUCAGAAAGGCCAUUAAUCGGAAGGAAGGCAUCUGUGCUAUUGGGGGGACAUCGGAGCUGUCCAGCGAAGGGACUCAGCACUCCUAUUCUGUGGAAGAAAAAUACAGUUUUGUACCUACCAUAAAUGUAGAUGUUCAAGAUCCACAUUGCUGCAGUCCAAUACCUCCCUCCUUCCCCUCUGUGUUUAGGGGUGGUUGUGUGGGUGAGGUUAUACUCUUAUGUAAAAUGAUAAAUCUUUCUGUUCCGGAUACCAUUGAUGAAAGAGCAAUCAAUAAGAAAAAACGAACACCUUUCACGAUACAGGAAAACUUGAAUUUAGCCUUGAACUCUGCAUCAGCCAUUGGGUGUCACGUUGUCAAUAUUGGAGCAGAAGACUUGAGAGAAGGAAAACCUCAUCUGGUUUUAGGGCUUCUGUGGCAAAUAAUCAAGAUUGGGUUGCUAGCGGACAUUGAGUUAAGUAAAAAUGAAGCACUCGCCGCCCUGCUAAGUGAGGGUGAAACUUUGGAGGAUCUUAUGAAACUGUCCCCAGAAGAACUGCUUUUGAGGUGGGCCAACUACCAUUUGAAGAAUGCUGGAUGGCACAAAAUCAACAACUUCAGCGGUGACAUUAAGGAUUCAAAGGCAUACUUUCACCUUCUCAAUCAGAUUGCACCUAAAGGGACUAAAGAGGGCGAGCCUUGUAUAGACAUAAACAUGUCUGGUUUCAAUGAAAAAGAUGAUCUGAAGAGGGCAGAGUUUAUGCUUCAACAGGCAGAUGGACUGGGCUGCAGGCAGUUUGUCACCCCUGCUGAUGUAGUUAGCGGUAACCCCAAACUCAACUUGGCCUUUGUUGCCAACCUUUUCAACAAAUACCCAGCACUGACCAAGCCAGAAAACCAAGAUAUUGACUGGACACUACUGGAAGGAGAAACACGGGAAGAGAGGACUUUCCGAAAUUGGAUGAAUUCCCUCGGAGUAAAUCCACACGUAAACCAUUUAUAUAAUGAUCUGCAAGAUGCUUUGGUUAUACUACAGCUGUAUGAAAAAAUCAAAGUUCCCGUUGACUGGAACAAAGUUAACAAGCCACCAUACCCCAAACUUGGUGCAAAUAUGAAAAAGCUGGAAAACUGUAAUUAUGCAGUUGAUCUAGGCAAGCAUUCAGCCAAGUUCUCCCUUGUGGGUAUCGGUGGACAAGAUCUGAAUGAUGGAAAUCCAACGUUAACACUAGCUGUGGUUUGGCAACUGAUGAGAAAACACACACUAAAUGUUCUUGUACAUCUUGGUGACGGUCAGAAAGUCAACGAUGAAAUAAUCAUAAAAUGGGUGAACGAAACCUUGGCUGAAAAUGGCAAGAAGACAUCACUGCAGAGCUUUAAGGACAAGACAAUCAGUACAAGUUUAGUGGUUGUGGAUUUAAUUGAUUGCAUCCAGCCAGGUUCCAUUAACUAUGAUCUUGUAAAGACGGGCACCCUUACAGAAGAGGACAAACUUGAAAAUGCCAAGUAUGCAGUUUCAAUUGCUAGAAAAAUUGGAGCCCGUGUAUAUGCACUUCCCGAAGACCUUGUUGAGGUAAAAGCUAAGCUGGUUAUGACCGUGUUCGCAUGUUUAAUGGGAAGAGGCAUGAAUAGGGUAUAAGUCGUUGGAAAGAUGAUAAAUGUGGCCUUCAUUGAUAUAGCCAAUCAGUUGUUUCCUGGUUGAAAAGCUAUUGGCUUGUGAACUGCUAAAGCUUAAAGGACUUCAAGUUUGCAUUACCAGACAAACAUCAAAAUUUAUGCUUGGUAGAAGACAAUCAAACUUUCAUGACUUUGCACUUUUUUUAGUGCAAGUUGACUUACCAGGAACAAAUUGAAAUGCAUUCAUACCAGCACAUAUCACCAACUGUACCUAAUUUGUUAUCUCAUACGAUGAUAUAUGGGUACUGGAUUUUUUUUUUCUUUGAUCAGUUGGGUAUGGUGAUUGUAUUUUCUUGUUAAAUUUAUAUUCUUAAAGUUGCAGCUGCCUUGGUUCUGUAAAACACAAUGACAAGCAUUCCAUGUGCAAUACUGCUAUUGCAGUUAUUCAUUUUUAUGGCUACUUUUUGAACAGUAGUUUGCUUUUUGGUUUGGCUGUGUAUUAAACAUUUUAUGCUGUGAUGUUUACAUUUAUACACAAUACACUAUCUUCAUCCAGCACUUGCGUGGUGGUGCAGAAGAUAUGAUAGUUGCAGAGUAGUUAUAAAUGUAGCCAUUCCUUGCUUAUGUCAUUCAUGUCUGGAUCAUAUAUUAUGUCAAUAAGUCUUGACAAUUAAUGCAUUUUAAACUACUGGUGUACAUUGCAGAGGAGUAGCAAGACAUUAAGCAUGUUUCUGUGUGUGAAAAUACCAUACAAGACAUUAACAUGUAAAUUGUAUUUUAAAACUUUAAAUUUCAGCAUCUGACCAUACAUUUGUAAGAAUUCAUUUCAUGGCUAUUUGUUCUCUCUGAUACAGCUAGGUCUUUCAUUUUCAAUCAGUUUAGGAACUAGAUUCAAGUUCAUUGAAACUGUACGUAUUUAUGUCAUAUGACUGUAUAAAAAACAGGCUGCCUCUUUUAUUUUUACCCAGUCCCUUGACAACUUUAUUCCACAUCCAUUAUUGGGUGUGGUGCUCCUGCUACUCCUCGUUUUUUUUUUUUUUGCAUAAAUUUUUUUUUUUGUAGUUUGUUACAAGGAUAUAUAACCCUGAUAGUAUUUUCUCAAGAAGUACUAGCUUCAACACAUUCCGUAGUUAUGAACGCAUUUUAGUAUGUUAUCUGGGUUUUGCAAAUGUGCAUCUAGAAGAGCUUUUUGCUUGCAGAAGAUGCAGUUUGCAUGAAAGAUCUUGUCACACUGAAGAUGCUGUCAGGUGAAGGCGGAACAUUUUAUGGUAGAAAUGGCAUCGAAGAUUCCCAGAAUCAAAUUUGAACCCAAGUAUUUUCAGUUAAUGCAAAACAAGUAUGUAAAAGAUUGUCACAUUUGUAAAAGUCUUUGAAAUGUUCAGGUAAUGGCUGUUACAAGAUCUUGAUAUGCAAAAUCACUGUAAGAUAUUUAAAAAUGGCAAAACACUAAACCAAAUAAAGUUAUAAUUUGUAUUAUGAUA